CAAGUUCUUGCAACGGCAAUAGUUUCGUAUCAACAAUGCAUGUGAGCGCCCAAGUUCUAUUUUGAAAAAGGAAAUCUAUUAUUACUGUGCUAAUAUUCGAAAAGUGUUUUUUUUUGCAAAUAAAUAUAAUUGGUGCAUAAAAUGCAAAAAUUAACCUUAUUUUUACUCUGCCUUGGAGUGGCCACAUCCUGGGCGAAGUCACCUUACAGUUUACUGAGCAAAACCGAAAUGAAUUUAUUGCAAGUGAUGAUGGACACGCGACAACUUCAACGCUCAAAUCCAACACGCAGCAUGGGUUGCUUUGAUUACUAUCUACCGCUGUUUGAUAGUAUAAGCGAGAAGUACAAGGAGGCUUAUGCUGCAUGCGUAGAUAAAGGGAAUGCGGAUAGGGAGGCGAUCGAUGCUGCUACUCAGCCUAAAAGAGAUUUAAUUGAAAAUGUGGCAAGAUCCUCAUGUCUAGCUCUACAAGAGUGUACCCUGCACAAUGGAUCUGUCGAUUACUUCAGUUGUUUUGCGAGUACUGGCAAGGAAAAUACCGAAAAUAUGUAUGAAAUUUCAGCAAAUGCGUCGGCAACAUUAGCAGAAGUACGCGAAAGCUAUCGCUUAAUUGAGACUGAAGAGAAUCGUUGCACAAAUACGUCGGAACGUGCUUACGUCGAAGAGAUCUAUCAAGCUAAUUUGGAUUUACAAAGUUGUUUAACGGGCGAUACACCGGUGCCAACAACAACGACAACAACACCAACACCAAGUCCUACUGAUGACCCAAAUACAACAACUGCCUCUACGGUUACCUCCACUGAUGAGCCACUUACAAAAAGCUCCUCUGUGGAACCGACCACCGCUGAUCCAACUACUACAACAGUUGCCUCCACGCCAACCUCCACUGAGGAGCCACUUACAAAAAGCUCCUCCGUGGAAUCGACCACCGAUGAUCCAACUACUACAACAGCUGCCUCCUCGGAUACAGAUUCAUCAGAACAUAAUUUAUUGCCUGAAGAAGAUUUGUUUGCAAUCGCCAGAAAAACUUUUGUUAAAAUGAGAUCUUCAGUACGCAAGCAUUGAAAAGUGGAAGCACAUAAAUAUUUAUGAUGGACUUUAAUGUAUGACACAAUAAUUAAAUAGUAUUAAAAGUUUUAUAAUUG